AUCUAGCCCAUGUGAAAAUCGCAUGUUGUAUCCGUGUGUUGUCUGCCGCCGCCAAGCCAGCACGUGAACCCACGCUCUGAACUGCACACUUUAAGAAUACGUGUCAAAAAUGACCGAAGGAGAGGUUGCAACAAAUGGUGAAAAUGCCACCAGCAAGGACAUUCAGGAUAUUGAAGCCAAGAUUAUACGCCAAGUUGAAUACUACUUUGGUGAUUACAAUCUUCCCCGUGACAAAUUCCUACAGGAGGAAGUGAAAAACGAUGAUGGUUGGAUCAGUAUGGAAACAAUGACAAAGUUCAAGCGCUUGGCCAGUUUAUCCACUGAUGCAGAAGUUAUCACAGCCGCUUUACGGAAGUCAGAGAGUAAACUGAUUGAGGUGCAUGAAAGCAAUGCCAAAAUACGCCGUUCCCCUGACCAACCCCUGCCCAUUUUUGAUGACAAAAUAAAGGAAGAAACCAUGAAACGAACAGUUUACUGCAAGGGUUUUCCCAAGGAUGGCUCCGUGACCUUGGAUGAUCUCCUUGAAUAUUUCAAGGCAUAUGGCCCAUAUGAGACUGUCUUGAUGCGGUACUUCUUUAACAAGGAAGACAAGAAGCAAGGUUUUAAGGGUUCUGUUCUGGUUGUGUUCCCAAAAGAGGAAAAAGCUAAGGAGUUUAUGGAGUUGAGUGAAGUGAAAUUCAAGGAUACAGUUUUGAUCAGGAAGUGGCAUACAGAUUAUGUUGAAGAGAAGAAAAAGGAGAUUGAGGAACGCAGAGCCAAAAAAGAAGCAAGAAAGAAAGAGAACCAGGAUGAUGACUUUGUCGAGGAUGAACUAGAAAUUGAACUCCCAAAGGGUAUCUUCCUCCACUUCACUGGCUUCAGUGAAGGCAAUGAUAUAACUAGAGAGGACAUCAAGGAAGCAUUGGGAGAAAAUGUUGAUCAGUGUGCCUGGAUUGACUUCAGCCGUGGCAUGACUGAGGGUUACCUACGCUUCAAGGAGGCUGACUUCAACAAAAUUGUAAUGGACAAGUUAGAAGGAAAGAUAAAGGUCAAAGAAAUGGAAGGUACCCUUCGUUUAGUUGAAGGUGAGGAGGAAGAUGAACAACUGAAGAAAAUGAAGGAGGCCAGGAGCAGAGCACGGGCAAGUAUUAGCAAAAAGAGAAAAUCUGGAGGCCGAGGCUUCCAGAACAAGAGGAGAAGGAUGUAAAUGCAAGUGAUAAACUUCAUCACAAAAUCACAUCAUGCCAAUUUUUUUUUUUUUCCCCACCAAGAUAAGAGGUAAUCCUUUUAUUGUAUUUCUUUUCUCUUGGAACUUUAUUUUGUCUUUCGAUAGUAGACUCACUAUUUUGUGCCUCUUUAUAGAUCCAAAAUUCUUACAAAAUAAGAAAAUAGUGGUGGUAAUCUUUUUGUUGUUUUUUAUAUAUAUGUAUGGAUAGGCCUAGACAUAUUAGCAUAUAAACAUACCAUUACAUUACUCACACAUAUAUAUGAGAAACCUAAGCAUCCAUGUUUACACACAGUAUGUUUACUUGUAUCUAGAUAUAUAGGGGUACUUCAUUUAAAAUUUUCUGAAAGAGUGAAUAGUGUAAUUAUUUACUUUUACACCUAUCUAGAUAUAUAGGGGUACUUCAUUUAAAAUUUUCUGAAAGAGUGAAUAGUGUAAUUAUUUACUUUUACACCAUGCAUUAGUUUUAUAAAUAGGAUGCAAGAGUUGGAAGUGCAUCUAACAAAGCAUGUAUCAAACAGGCCAUUUGUGAUUGGCUAACAUGAAUUCAUGUUGAAGCAGCAUGUUACUUUGUGACAAAAACUUGUGUUGUGAGUAGUAAGAGUGUGUAGUGCCUGCUAGGACAAAAUCAAUUACUGCUCACAUAAAUAUAGUUAUUUGUUAUCUUUGACCUUAUGACAGUGGAUUUUACCUAUGCCGUAUUGUGCCAUGCCACUAAAGUGAAAAAUUUGAAGCAUGGGAAAUUAUUAUCCUUACUUUCUACAAUUUUGAGCAGGCUCAACCAUGCAUGGGAUGGAUACUUGCCAUCCAGCAUAUGGGCUCAUUGUGUGAUGGCAAGAUUACAUGUCACCCGAUGUGAGUGAGUUAAGAGAGUAGAAAUAAAGAUAUCGUACAUGUUAUCACUGUUGAUCUGUAUCUAUGGUUCCCAGCUGAUGGUUCUUGGGAGGUUAGUUAGGGGAGUGAGUAUUUCUUUUUAUUUGUUUAUUUAUUUUUAUUUUAUUUUAUUCCCUCCCCCUCUUCCUUCUUUUAUUCUAUCCCCCUAACCAUAAAAUAUAUUAGAAAAAAACAGAAAUGGAAGGCUGAGGUCUUGCAGGUGUGAAGGAUUACAAAAGAGGUUGCAAGUAGAAAAAGGUUGGGAACCACUGAUCUAUAUAGUAUAUUGUUUGGACAAGGAAGACAUACGCAGUUCUUUCUAUGAUUUAAAGAGUUUUAUACUAUAGUUUUUAACCUUUUUUAGAAGCAGAAACUGUAUGGGCAUUCCAUAUAUAUUGAUGAUUUCAUUAGUUGAAAAGUUAACAUUGCAAUAAUAAAUUUUCAGUAUCUGCAUACAAAGUACUUGUUGCUGUUACUAUAGUUUGUUUUUCUCUGAUAUUUAUGUAAUCUUAUUGGACUGCAUUUUUAAAAAAAUAAAAGAUAAAAUGAU